CAUUGGGAAAUAUUACCGUGGUCAUGGGAACCAAAAGAUUCAGUGAUGUCCACUUGGAGAGAAAGCAAGUGCAGAAGAUAAUUAUUCACAAAGAUUAUAAACCAUCCCACCUUGACAGUGAUCUCUCCUUGCUCCUUCUUGCCACACCAGUACAAUUCACUAACUUCAAAAUGCCCAUCUGUCUGCAGAAGAAGGAAAGGAUCUGGGACCGGUGUUGGAUGGCAGAGUGGGUGACAGCUUAUGAGCAUGACCUCCCUGACAACUUAAACGUGUACCUGCAGAAGCUGAGAGUGAUGCAGAUUAGCUGGAGAGAAUGCAGCAAGAGAGUAGAUCAGCUCUCUAGGAACAUGGUUUGUGCUUGGAAGGAACCAGGCACCAAAGGCGAUUGCCAGGUUCUUUCGGAGCACGGCUUUGACCUGAUCAUGACCGACAUUCGGGAGGGACAAACCUACUACGCGGAGGAUUACCAUCAACAGUACCUGAGCAAGAACCCCGAUGGUGGUGCUCUUGUCUGGAUCACAGUUUUAUCCAUUCACCUGAGGAAGGACGUGUAA